AUGCUGCCAACGCUCCCCUUGAAUGGCUCCACAUCGCAGAACCCAAUCACACCAGAUUUAAAUGCAGACUCACAGCAUGCGAUCGAAGCACGCAGUCUCCUCCGGGCCAUCCUCCGCGAAAGCACCUACCUACCAGACCCGCAGGCGAGGCUUCACGUCCACCAGCGCGCGCUCACGGAAUUCCGGAAGUGGAGAUCGAAGGCUCGGCGACUUCGCGACUCGCCGGAGUUCGAGACGAGACUCAAGGAGAAGCGGCAGGACGCUCGUAAGGCCGCCAGAGAACUGCAUCGGGCCAAUCAAGGCGAGAUGACCGUGUUGCGCAAGGUCCUCCUGGCGACUUAUGGGCGAAGCGGCAAACGUCGCGUCGAGCUGUUGCAGCCGCUGCUCGUCCCGAUCGAACGGCAACGGCUCUUCUUCGAUGGCAUCGCAGACCUCGUCAUACAGAAGCGAGAUGCCGGCGGAGGGGUCCCCGUGCUGCCGAACCCAACCGAUGGACAGGCGAAAGCCAAAGCGAAGCCCCCGAAGCCUCCACCACCAGCAAGCGACAAGUCCAAAUCCCUCCAUCCGCUCAACCGCGACAUCGCCGACGCUCUCCUGACGCCGCAGCUGUCCGCGCUCGUGAAAUCGCAACUGCAGCACGGCAUACUCCGGCCGGGCCAAUCCGGUCUGACCCAGGCCCGGCCUCAGAUCCUCGCGCUCGCGACCAGCGGCCUCCCGAUGCCCGUAUCACGCCUGCGCAACCUCUCGCAGGACUGGUACCGAGACAUGCUCUCGCGGGUGCUCCCACCCCUCCCCGCCGCGGAAUGGAACCGCCUGCGGGACCUCGCCAACACGACGCGGCGCCCGCACGAGAUCCUCGUUCCGCGCCGACGCAGCGCGGCCGGGGCAGGUCGCUCCUCCUCCUCCUCGAUCCCGAGCAUGCUGGAGCUCGUCGUGUCCGGCGCGCAGUUCUCCCGGGGCCACUUCGAGAACCGCGAGGCGCGGAACCUCUCCCCGAGGAUGAUGCAGCGGGCGUGGGCGGAGGUGUUCAAGCUGUGCCCGCUGCUGCGCUGGGACGAGGAGUGGAAGACCUGGGCCGUCACCUGGGGCGAGGCCGCUCUGAAGCUUCCCCGGCCGGCGGAUGAGGUGGAGGGGCCGGCUUCGUCGUGA